GCGAAGGACACCAUGAUGCUGAAUUAUUUGUUCUACAGCUCCACCCCCAAGUAUGAAAACAAAAUUGAAAGGAAAAAAAAAGAUGACAUGAGUUCUCUGCAAAGUUGUAUUGAAAAUGCCUCGAUUACGCUCAUCCUAGUUGGGUCUAUAGUGGUGGCCAUAAGUGUCUUGAUGAGCACAUUCUUCGCAGACAACUUAAGGAGUUCAAGUGUGUACAAAUUAUUUUGUCUUACAUCUGGACUUUGGCUCGUUAUUAUAAUAGCGCAAGUGUUAACCUUUUUAUUUUCCUCAACCAUUUUUCAAAAUUCCACGCAUUUGUUCUUAAAUGACCAAAAAGGGAGUGCAGCCAACGUCCUAACCUUCAGCUGCGUGUCCGUCCUGUCCUUUUGCGGAAUAUUCUCUUACGUAGUCAGCACGUUUAGUGGGACUAAUGGGCGCAUGUUGGCUUCCACCAUUUUCAGCUUUUCCCUGAAUUUAGUGUUCCUGGCCUUCCAGUUUCUAUAUAUACUGUUCCGGAUCCACAAAAUUAAGGGCAUAAAGUUUAGCAAAUAUCUGCCCUUUUUUUUGCCCGGAUUUUCUUGCAUGCUAGAAUCCAUCGCAAUGAAUGUGAAGCAUAAAAUGAAACAGAGUCUGCUGGAUAAAAAGUCUAAAAGGGGAAUGCACAAAAAAAAACUUGAGGACCACGUGAUGCACCAGGAUGAAAAUAUAUUCUUGAUUAACUAAAAUGGAGAGGAAACAAAAGACGCCUCAUAGGAUCCAACGUGUGUAGACCUACUCCCCCACACGUUUCCCUUUACAAGGACCCGUUUCGUGACAAC